AUGUAUGAUGAGGCUGCCAGCGACAUACAGAUCUUGAUAUUUUGCAGUCAUAUUGAAGUCCUGCUGGCCGGCUUUUAUGGCUUGGGAUACAACAGCCUGACUGGUUGGAUCAAAUACGGAGCGAGUCUCCUCACAUUGGCUCCAGAAGUUGGUCUGUUCCAUCUGGAAAGAGACAUUGAAAGGGAACACCAAGAUUUGCCAUACGUUGAAUAUGCUCCUCCUCUUGAGGAUCAUCAACCUUACAGAAAUUCAUCCAAUGAUUACAUGAGGGUUUGGAAAGAGACUAAGCGUAAUCUAUACCUCCAUGAAUUUUUGGAUAGGAAAGCGUCAAAGCAGGUUUGUAUCUUUUGCAAGAAGGAGGCAAAUUGGCGAUGUCUCGAUUGCUUUGCCGGCACAGCAUAUUGUGCAGAAUGUUGCCGAACAUCCCACUGCAGGGACCCUUUCCACUGGAUUGAACGUUGGACCGGCACCUUUUAUGAGCCGAGCUGGCUGUGGAAAGUGGGUUUGGUUAUUCGACUUGGUCACGAAGGUGAUCGGUGCCCGAAUGGAAGCAGCAACUUGAGUGCCGAGCUUGACAUUGACGAAGAGGAAUGGUUUGACAUGGAAGACCUUACCAGCACUUCGGCUGAUCCAAAACCAACGGACCGUAUUUACAAUGGUGGCCGGGUCAUGACCGUCGUCCAUACUUCCGGUGUGCAUCACCUACCUAUCGUCUUCUGUGGAUGUUCUGGUGCAGCAGCCGAGGACAUACAGUUGUUCCGGGUUGGGUUGUACCCAUCCACCUACAAGUCUUGCCAGACCGUAUUUACCUUCCAACUCCUCGAUGACUACCUGCUGGAAAACCUGGAAUGUAAAACAUCAGCCACCCACUACUACUCCAAAUUGAGAAGGAUCACCAACUUUGCAUUUCCUAAUUCCAUUCCGAACCGGUAUCACAAGUUAAUAAGGGUUGGUAGACAAUACUGUAAUCUUACCGAACUGGCUACUUUUGGAUUUGGACACAAAGGUAAGGCUCCGAUGCUGGGGGAGAUGGGUUUUUUUUGCCCUACCUGCCCACAACCGGGAGUCAACCUUCCUGAUGACUGGAACAAAAACCCCAAUGAUCCUACUAACUGGAAGUAUACCAGAGGAUUUGUAGCCGAUGGCAAUUUCACAGCAGCCCACCAAAAACAGGCACGGCCCAAAGAUGAUGUUUGGCUUAAAAAUGGGGAUAGUUUCAUGAUGCAAAGAGGACCUUAUUUGAGCCACCUUCAGGACAUGAUUGAAGAUAAUGAUCCGAGGACAUGUCAUGAGCACAAUGCUAUCAACAACAAGAAUGUAUUUCACCGAGGUUUUGAUGCUACUGGAAUUGGAGCCAUUGCUUGCCUUCGACAUGGCACCUUUUGUCCGGGUUCAGUGGUAGAUUUUCAAAAGGGAGAAAGGCAAAUGAACAUGGACUAUGCCUUGUGCCAGGCUCUGAAGAAUACCAUGACCGGUGAAGAAAAAAGGGUUAUUUUUGUCUAUGACAUCAACUGCCAGUAUAUGCCGGGAUCAGCUUAUUCCAUGUCCAUGGCCAUCAAGAAAUAUGCUUUCCAUGAUUUGCCCCAACAUUCAUCCCCAGGGCCGGUCAAACAGAUGGAGAGAUAUUGGAGACUUUGUGGGCUGUUCUCAACGAGCCUUUGCAAGAAGUGGAAGCGAGCAAAACUCGGGCUCUCCGAGAGCUUCCAGGCUCUUGAAGAAUUAAGUGCCUCAGCAAGUAAGGAACAGAUUCAAGAAUGGGAGCAACAGAUCAAAACGGCAAAUUUGAACCAGGCAAAGGACCUUUCCGCCAUGGACAUCUAUUACGUCAAGGUCAAGGAAGCCGAGACCGAAAAGGGCAUUCGGCUAAAACUUAUGACUAAAGAACAGGCAGGCAAGGUCAAGCCGGGGUUAACUGGAUGGGUAAACACCGGUAUCAAAAUUCAGGAAGCCCAAGCCGAAUUGGCCGCCUUUGUGAAGGCUCAAGGCAGUCGUCCAAGUGCCGAUCAGAAGCUGGAGAUAAUGAAACGUCGAGAGAAGCUGUCCAAGCGACUUGAAGAGUUUUCCGAGGCCAGUCAAGGCCAUUUUCCCAACUUGGAAAUUAAUGAAGGAACUAUUCAUGAUCCACCACUCUCAGAGAAUAUUGUGGAUGACGAUGACUGGAGCGAUUGUGAUGAAGAGGAAACCCCAGCACCGAGCAUACCCAGUUUGCCUGAUCAGGGAUAUGGAUUGGCCGAACAUCAACAAAUCCUCUUACCAUCCUCAUUUCAAGCAGCCCUCCUCCCUACAUCACUGGGAGAAGCCCGGUGCGUAGAGAUAGAAUUGAGAGUGGCCCAGGCAAAUAACGCUCUGAAGCGUUUACAGGAAGCCAUCAGUUACAAGUCAUUCCUUUAUCGGAAGAGAAUUCGAGCUGAGAAAUCGAAAAAACGUGUAACUCGGGCUUACGAUGCUGUACAAGGAUCAGAUCGCGAUAUGAAAAGUGCUCUCCAGGCAUACAACCAAGCUCGAUGGGCUCUUAAUCAGCUCAAUGCUCCUCAGGGCACUCGUGACCGAUACAAGCCGACAGGGAAAAAAGAUACAAGGGCACUAACUACAGUAUACGAUGGCAAUGCCCAGGGUCAAAGAAAUAUUGCUCUGCCAUGGUUCUGGAAUAUGGCUGUGGCUGAUGAUUCGUCAGGUUCAACAUACAUGGAACAAGGUCAGAUCCAGUCACUUUUAUUACUCUACAUGAAUUGA